CGGCCCGGGCGUGCCCGCCGUCGCCGCCAGACCCCAACACCCGCCGCGAGCAUGAAGGACAGCGGGGACUCCAAGGACCAGCAGCUCAUGGUGGCACUCCGGGUCCGGCCCAUCAGUGUGGCAGAGCUGGAGGAAGGAGCCACUCUCAUCGCCCAUAAAGUAGACGAGCAGAUGGUGGUUCUCAUGGACCCCAUGGAGGACCCAGACGACAUCCUGCGGGCGCACCGCUCCCGGGAGAAGUCCUACCUGUUCGACGUGGCCUUUGACUUCACUGCCACCCAGGAGAUGGUGUAUCAGGCCACCACCAAGAGCCUCAUCGAAGGCGUCGUCUCCGGCUACAAUGCCACCGUCUUCGCCUACGGCCCCACAGGCUGUGGGAAAACCUACACCAUGCUGGGCACAGACCACGAGCCGGGCAUCUACGUUCGAACCCUCAACGACCUCUUCCGCACCAUUGAGGAGACCAGCAACGACAUGGAAUAUGAGGUGUCCAUGUCCUACCUGGAGAUCUACAAUGAGAUGAUCCGAGACCUGCUGAACCCCACACUGGGGUACCUGGAGCUGAGGGAGGACUCCAAAGGGGUGAUCCAGGUGGCCGGAAUCACCGAGGUCUCCACCAUCAAUGCCAAAGAGAUCAUGCAGCUGCUGAUGAAGGGGAACCGGCAGAGGACGCAGGAGCCCACAGCGGCCAACCAGACGUCCUCCCGCUCGCACGCCGUGCUGCAGGUGGCCGUGCGCCAGCGCAGCCGGGUCAAGAACAUCCUGCAGGAGGUGCGGCAGGGCCGCCUGUUCAUGAUUGACCUGGCCGGCUCGGAGCGGGCCUCCCAGACGCAGAACCGCGGGCAGCGCAUGAAGGAGGGGGCCCACAUCAACCGCUCCCUGCUGGCCCUGGGCAACUGCAUCAACGCGCUGAGCGACAAGAGCAGCAACAAGUACAUUAAUUACCGGGACAGCAAGCUCACGCGGCUCCUGAAGGACUCCCUGGGGGGGAACAGCCGCACAGUGAUGAUCGCCCACAUCAGCCCGGCGAGCAGCGCCUUUGAGGAGUCCCGGAACACCCUGACCUACGCCGGCCGGGCCAAGAACAUCAAGACCAGGGUGAAGCAGAACCUGCUCAAUGUCUCCUACCACAUCGCCCAGUACACCAGCAUCAUCGCCGACCUGCGAGGCGAGAUCCAAAGGCUCAAGUGCAAGAUCGAUGAGCAGGGCGGGCGGGGCCAGGCCAGAGGCCGGCUGGAGCGGGGCGAUAUCCGCCAGAUCCAAGCCGAGGUCCAACUGCACAACGGGCAGGGCGAGCAGGCUGAGAUGGGGCAGCUGCGAGAGCAGCUCAUCAGUGCGUUCCAAGAGCAGAUGGAUGUGCGGAGACGCCUGCUGGAGCUGGAGAACCAUGCCAUGGAGGUCCAGAUCGACACCUCCCGCCACCUGCUCACCAUCGCCGGCUGGGAGCACGAGAAGUCGCGGAGGGCCCUCAAAUGGCGGGAGGAGCAGAGAAAGGAGUCCUACACCAAGGAGGACAGCGAGAAAGACUCGGACACCGGCGAUGACCAGCCAGACAUCCUGGAGCCGCCAGAGGUGGCCUCAGCCCGGGAGAGCAUCGCCACCCUGGUGGGUGAGCAGAAGAAGCUGCGCAAGCAGAAGCUGGCCCUGGAGCAGCGCUGUCGGGAGCUCCGCGCGCGGGGCCGCCGCCUGGAGGAGACCCUGCCGCGCCGCAUCGGCUCGGAGGAGCAGCGCGAGGUGCUCAGCCUGCUGUGCCGCGUGCACGAGCUGGAGGUGGAGAACGCGGAGAUGCAGUCCCACGCGCUGCUCCGCGACGGCGCCCUCCGCCACCGCCGCGAGGCCGUGCGCCGCCUGGAGCAGCACCGCAGCCUCUGCGACGAGAUCAUCCAGGGCCAGCGGCAGCUCAUUGACGACUACAACCUGGCGGUCCCCCAGCACCUGGAGGAGCUGUAUGACGCCUACCUGCGGGAGCUGGAGGAGGGCAGCCUGGAGCGGGCCACCAUCAUGGACCGGGUGGCCUCUAGGGCCCUGCAGGACAGCUCUUUGCCCAAAAUUACCACAGCAGGAGCCACGCUGACCCCCGAGUCUGACCCUGAGAGCGUGAAGAUGCUGGACUCUGAAGCCCAGCGCCUGCAGAGCAGCAUGCUCCCUCCCCUCGGCUUGGAGAGCCUCAGCGAAGCCAACCGCAUGUUCAAGGCCAGUCCCCGGGCCUGGCAGGUGAAGAGCUCCUCUGUGCCCACCCCACCCCCCAUCCAGAUGGGCAGCCUGGUGACUCAGGAGCCCUGGACUCAGGACAGCCUGGUCAGCCCGAGCAGCCGGAUCAACUCUUCCCCCGAAAGCAGCGAGAAUCUGUCAGAGGUCCCCAUGUCCCGCAAAGAGAGGAAGGAGAUCCUGACGGGCACCAAGUGCAUCUCGGUGAAGGCUGCGCGGAGGCGCUCGCGGGCCCUGGGCGCCGAGGGGCGCCACCUGCUGGCACCCGCCAUGGAGCGCAGCAGCCUGUCCUUGCACUCGCUGAGCGAAGCUGAAGAUUUGGGCCCACCGGGCCCCCUGGCCUGCAAGCGGCCGUCCAGCCCCAUGCUGCAGCACGCUGCCAGCGAGGACAACCUGUCCAGCAGCACGGGAGAAGCGCCGUCCCGGGCGGUCGGGCAUCAUGGUGAUGGUCCUGGGCCCUGGCUGCGGGGCCAGAAGAAAAUCCUGGGCAAGAGGCGGGAGGAGUCGCUGGAGGCCAAGAAGAGGAAGCGGAGGUCCCGGUCCUUUGAGGUCACAGGGCAAGGGCUCUCCUGCCCCAAGUCACACCUCCCGGGAUCCCGCCCCCUGGAGAGCAGCUCCGACCACAGGAUGCCAGUGCGCCGGCACCCCAACCCUGGCAGCCGGCACCUGGGAAAGGUCACGCUGCCUUUGGCCAAAGUCAAACUCCCUCCAAGCCAGAACAUGGGCCCUGGGGACACCUCACCGCUCGCUGCGCCCUCCAACCCAGCUGCUGUUUCCCGGCGGGCGAGCCGUGGGCCCCGCCUGCCCCAUGGCGCAAGCACCCAUGGCAAAGACGGACGCUUCCGGCGUAACUGAGGACCCCUGCCUGGAACCCACCCUCCUGGCCCCGAGCCUGAACGGGGUGUGGCAGGAAAUGGGAGAUGGAGGCAGGGCAGACGGGGGUGACCUGGAAGCAGGAGCCCAGGACCUCAGAAGGUUGGGGCUCCUGAGCCCCAGGAACUGCGAUGCACCUGCUUAACCCUCCAUGCUCUCAGUGCCACCGGGGAAGGGACGUGAGCCCAGAAGCAGGCCAGGAUGACAGGGCUUCCUGGCCUCCCAGACAGAACUCUGUUGCCAAAAUCCUGCAGAGACCUGUGGCCAGACCCAGCCUCGGAAACGGGGGAUGGGGCUGUUAGUGGGAGAGGCUCCUGGGCCCACACCUGGAUGGUUGGGGGCACCUGGAUGGUUGGGGAGAGGCUGGCAAGCUCUUCUCGUACUGUGGUUGGGUGGGGGAGGGAUCGGAUUUUGUUACUGGUAGUGUCUUUCCCCCCUCCUUUUUGACAAUAAAAUCCCAUUUGGGUCUUGACGGUAUGUUGGAAGCUCCACCUU